AUGAAGAGCUUUCAAAUGCUUUUCUCCCGAGCCGCAAAGCUCAACGCUAGCACAAGUACGCUUACAACAGGAAUCGGGAUUCGGUCGCGGGUUUUGCAGCUCUCAUCAAGAAGGUUGGUGCAUAGUACGCCCCGCAAAGACCACACAACACUGCUAAGCAACGACAAGCUGGCCAGCUUCAACGUGCUGAGCCUGAAGGCUCUCAAAAAUGAGUGCCGCAACCGGGGGCUGAAAAUUUCAGGGAGAAAGGGCGAACUUGUGGAUCGUAUUUUGGCGUUUGAAAAUACAUCAAAAUCGUUGUCCGGAAUGUCCAAAAUAGCCAGCAGUGCCCGUCAGCUGCAUGUGACGAGUGCUGCUAAGCAGAAGGGGGACUCCAGGCCCGUAGACGACGUCAAACUUCCCGACGUGGCAGCCACGGAAGAUUCGUUGCAAUCGCUCGACAAAGAGUACAUCGUUCACAUAACACCACUUUCAGAAAGUGCAGACCAAAGGCCAGUCACAAUGCUGGAGAAAGAGCUUCUUGCAUCGCAAACGGCAUCGGAAAAACCACCGCAAGUCUCGACCACAGACCACGACAAGGUGAUUUUCCAAGCGGACGCUCCAGAAGAGGGCUUCGAUAUCGUGAACGAGGAGUACGAGACCGCCAAUACUAACCACCACAACUUAGACGCAGCGAAUACCAGCGGCUUUUCCAAGGAAUCGGACUCAUUGAGCUCCAAAGACAAGACUUUUUUCCUCAGCGUGGCGGGACUCGUGGCAGGAUGGUGGUCGCUCAAACUAUGGACCAACAAGGGCGAUCAUGAGCACUAG